GUGACAUACCGCGAUUUUAUGGACUCCCGUCCAGCAUCGCCCGAGCAGACGCCCCAAGAUCUCUGGGGCGCAAUCCUUGACUCCGUUUCGAGCUCACGGUCAAUACCCUCCAAACAAGUACUGCUUCUUGGCCAGCCCUCGACCGGAAAAUCGACACUCGCCGCGGGCCUUUUGCAGAAGCCUGUUGGGGAUGUCAAGGAGGAGAAUCGGAUCGAUUUCGCGGUUGGAUACGACUUUGCAGACGUGAGGGACGAGGCAGACGAGGACACUUUGGCGCGACUAUCGGUCUACACUGUGCCUUCCUCAGCUGCCACAUACACUGCUCUUCUUCCCCAUUUCGUCCCACCCCGCACUGCACUCCCUAACACCCUCGUCGUGAUUGUACUCGACUGGACACGACCAUGGUCCUUCAUUGACGAAUUGGAGACAUGGCUACAAUGGGUAGAGCGCUGGACAACUGGUGAUGGUGCUCGGGAGCUGGAAAUAAUACGCGAGGAAUGUCGCGAACGAUUGCAAGCACAUCUCCAACACUACUCCGAACCAUCUGUGGACCCCCCAGCAGCCCCCUCAUCAGUCUCCACUAGCGCUUUACUACCGUUGGGCCCCGGGACAUUAACCCACAAUACGGCUGGCGUGCCGAUUAUCGUUGCCUGCACAAAGGCGGAUCUGAUUGACGAAAGUGGUGACCCUGUUGGUGGCGCGUCGGGAAUGGGAGGGAUGGUUCGUGGAAAAGGCGGCGAGUGGGAAGAGCAGACAGACAGCAUCAUGCAGGUCUUGAGAACGAUAUGUCUCAAAUACGGUGCAGGAUUAUUUUAUACCACGCAGCAGCCCGCCACGUUACAAGUUCUUCGACAAUAUGCCCUUCACAUGCUCUUCAUACCCCCUGCACCGUCACCAGCCGUCGCUUCAGGUGCGGAAGCACCAGCCCCGGUCAGGAAUCCAUUCCCAUUCACCCACAAACCCAACUAUCUGGACCGCGAUCACAUCGUAAUACCUGCUGGAUGGGACAGUUGGGGCAAGAUAACUGUGAUGCGAGAAGAGUUUGAAGCUAGGUCGUGGAGCGAUGCUUGGGAGCGGGAUUUGGAGUCGGAGGAAGGAACUGAUGGUGCAAAAGCGCUGUUUAGUGCGCUUGUACCAGACCAAGGCACCAAACCGCCGCCCCUUCCUCAGCUCAGCAGUCCAAUGCCAGAACAACUUUUCCUGGCAAAGAACUACGACGAGAACGCGAAAAAGCCGGACCGCGAUCCGCGCGGGGCAUUCCGGGAUCCCGCCGACGCUGCAAGAAAUGCUGCUGGGUUGGUGGGCCCCAUGGGCAUGCAAAGCUACGACCUGCCCACCGUUGCGUCUGUACUCUCGGAAAUGGAAAACGGUGUUGGCGCCGCGGGUGCUGCCCCCGCUCCCGCAAGAGCUCCCCCAGCCCGCCGACCGGGUGGUUUGGCAGCAUCGACAACUUCGCCAAGGCAGGGAGGAAAUGCCCCUGUACCGAGUCCAACAACGGCCAAUGGGACGACACAGCAUGAGGUGUUGCAGAACUUCUUCCAGAGCUUGCUGAGCAACAAGGACCGCGGAGGGAAGUCUGCGCCGCCGAGGACGAAUGGGACUGGGGAGGAAGGGGGAACGUGA